AUGCGGCCUAUGCCUGGCGACAAUGCCUUUGUGCGUCGACGAUCAACCGAUCACGACGUGGAGUCUUCAGUCAACCUUGCGUCCACGAGCAGCAGUCAAAUGUCCUUCUUCCUUGCUGAUGAGUCCACUGUUGACUCUUACUUGGAUCAGCCCAGUGUCGCCGGCUCCCAGAUGAGAGAUCCCCGAAAGCCAGUAGUAGGCUCUGGCCAUGUCUUGGCUUGCGAGAGAGAUGAUUUGAGAUCAGAGCAGCCAAGAAGCGCUUCCAUACGACCUGAAAUGGACUCUGGCUCCAUGUAUUCCCCCUUAUCAACAGUAUCUCUACCUAGUCCGACCCCCGUGCCGGCAUCUUCAACGAAUCAACAUGCUCCCUUGUCGCGACCGAUAACUCCCAUAACCCUAGGCACGUCCGUCACUGGUUCGCUGCUAAGCGGGCCUUCUUCGAGACGAAACUCAUUUGUUGGCUCGAUAUCAGCAAACGCGAUCAGCUUUGAUGACGAUGAUCAUGUACUCGAGACGUCAACCGUUGACAUGGUUGAUAGCGGUAGUGCCCCCCAACUCGUCAUGCCAAGUAUCAAAAUGCCCAGCCGUCGCCCCUUCACUUCUACGGGCAAGAGCCUAGGCCGCCUAAAGGUUUUAUGUGCGGGAGCCUCCAAGACUGGCAAAACUUCUCUUCUAAAGUCUAUUGUGCAGACAUGUGAACACAUUGUUCAUGUCGAUCCAAUUGUCCCCCAAGCAGGGUCAAGAAGAUCAACCAAGGAGGCCAUGAGGCCACCACCGAGGCCAUCCCGAGGACGACAUUCGGAAACGACCGAAUCAAUCUAUGAGAUAUUCGCCAGCACAAAAUCAUAUCCUGAAUGGUGGGUUGAACUUGGCCACGCGAAUUCCAGUCAAAGGCGAAAGAGCCUGGGCGAUCAAGUUCUCGAUCGGAACAUAUGUUUUGUGGACACCCCUGGUUAUAGCCUAGGUGCAUCUGCAAUGGAAACCAUUGUACCCUGUAUCGAAUAUGUAGAAUCACACCUGAGUAAGGUAUAUUCGGACUCACUGAACGAGCUUGAACGGCUCAAUCUUCUUGGGGGCGAUGGAGGCUUGCAAGUCGAUGUUGUGCUUUACUUGAUACAACGCUACAUGACCCCAGUCGAUAUUGAGUACCUGAAGCGACUAUCAUCACUGACAAAUGUUAUUCCGCUCCUGGCUCAAUCGGACACCAUGAGUAUCGACGAGCAGAAUCUUUGCAAGCAGCAGAUACUGGGCCAGCUCCGCGAGGCUGAUAUAAGCUUCUUCAGCUUCACUACGGGCUCGGCACUGCAAACAGGCUCCAAUGCACCGACAGUUCCAUACGCUGUGUCGAGCGCAACCGGGUCUGACCUCGAUGUUAUGGAUGCCAGCCUUCUCAUGAGCCCUGACUACGUCCAGCCGUUAGCGCCUUCGGAGCUCAGCGUGCUGAUUAGCCAUAUGUUCAGCCUCAGUGGAUCUUCCUGGUUGAGGCAUUCAGCGGCAAAAAAAUACCUGCAGUGGCGUGAUGAAUCGGCUCCCUCAAGGCCUAGACAUCUCUACCAACCUCUGAGCCCCGGGACAGGGGCGCUUAUAGGCCGACCACCAUUAACACUAGCGCGGAUUACACAGCAUCGUGAUUAUGAUGUAAACAACGCCACCCGCCGAAUAGAGCUGGUGGACUGGGCAGCAGACCUCCAGAGGAGUCUUGCACAAGAGAGAGCACGACAGGAGAAUCUGGCAUGCCGUGAUCAUAGUACGUGGCCCAAUGAGUGUGUCGCAAGUGGAACCCUCGUCUCAGCGUGUCGGCGUAAUGCGCAAAGCCCCGUUCGCAGAAGAAGGAGGCAAGGAGGGGCAGCAAAGAGGACGAGCCGACACCAAGAUCCCCUUGGUUUGCUUCAGGUAUUGGCUGACCUCAAGAGCAAAGGCUGGAUCGCACUGGAGGUGCUUGGCAGUCUUGGGAUAUUAGGCGGGCUGGCUUAUUACCUGACGCAUCAGAACGAGCCUGCUCAAACGGCUGACGACUGGGCCAGGCUGUGGGGAUUUGAUAUAUGA